UCAUCAACUUCAUGUCUCUAUCUAUCUUCCUGUGACCUGGAAGAAGAAACAAUUGAUACUCCUACCAAUCCUAUUUACUCUGUUUUUUUUUGAAAGGGAAGGGAUAGAAGGACCCAAGGGAUGGCCUGUGGUCCCUCAGAAUUUUAAUCCUCACAUUCCAUGGACUACUUAUUUACCAAGCCCAGCAAGAAUCCUUUCCCCCAUAUUCCAUAUUCAAACAUAAUUUUUCUGUGACAUUCAAAUAGCUUUUCCAAGGUUUUCAUUCUUGAUUCUCUACCCUUCAGCUCCUAUCCAGACCACAAUCCCUUCAAGAAUUUCCUCAGCUCCUUCACUACUGACCAAUUCCUCAGCAUCUGGCAGGUUUAGCCUGGAGUCUUUUACCCUGAACUUCACAAUCACCAACUUGCUCUGCACAGCAGACAUGGGACAGCCAGGUUCCCAAAAGUUCAACGCCACUGAAAGAGUCCUAGAGCACCUGCUCAGCCCCUUGCUUGAAAACAGUAGCCUUGGCUCUGACUAUUCUGGAUGCAGGCUGACCAUGCUGAGGCCCAUACAGAAUGGGACAGCAACCGAAUUCCUAUGUGGCCACUGGAAAUCUCCCGCCACCCCUAGCCUGGACAGGAAGAAGAUUUACUGGGAGCUGAGCAAUCAGACCCAAGGUAUCACCAGGCUGGGUGCCUAUACCCUGGACAAUAAGAGCCUCUAUCUCGAUGGAUACAGCUAUCAGAUGAAUCUUUCCUCCUCCACAAGUGCUGGAGGUCCCAACUUUGAGCCUUUCACACUGAAGUUCACCAUCACCAACAUGAGGUACACAGCAGACAUGGGGGAAAGGGACUCCAGCAUAUUCAUCUCCACUGAGAGAGUGCUGCAGCGCCUGCUCAGUUCCUUGUUUGAAAAGAGCAGCCUUGGCUCUCAGGAUUUUGCAAGCAAAUUGACCUUACUGAGGCCUAUGAAGGAGGGAAGAGCAACCCUAGUUCAUUUCACUUGCAUCCAUCGGAGAGAUCCUGCCAGCCCUGUCCUAGAUAGAGAAAAAAUUUACUGCGAGUUGAGCUAUCUGACCUGGAGCAUCACCAGGCUGGGCCCGUACACAUUAGACAAGCAUAGCCUCUACCUCAAUGGUUACAAUCAUUUGGCCGUGGCCCCCACCAAAAUGCCACCAGACCCAGCAGUAGCACCUGGUUGUCCCCUGUGGGCCACAGAGCCUGGAGGCUCCCAAGCUGCUAGUUUAAGCUUCCAGUCUUUCACCACCAUUCCCGAGGUGCUGUACACAGAAGAUAUGCAUCUUUCUGGAUCUGACAAGUUCAACUUCACCAAAAGAACCCUGCAGCAACCUUUGAAGAAUGGCUCAGCAAGUGGAGUGAGUUGCCUGUGCACACACAAAAGAAACCACAGAAGCUCAUUCAGAGACCAAGAGAAGGUUUAUUGGGAUGCAAAAAGAGCAUUUCACUAAGCUGGGCUUUUCCUCCUCCCUUGAAAGAGCCAGUCUACUCAAUGAUGAGGAGCACAACAGAAUCCCCAGCCUUUUCCUCUAUCCCCAUGCUACUUUCCCCUCCUCCUGCUAAAUUUCCAUUCUGAUUCUGACCUUAAUGUUCUCUCAAUCAUUAUUUCUCAAUACCCUUUUAUUACACCAAACACAGAAAAUAAACCCGGCCCCUAUCUA